CUGAAACCGAACGGCUAGUAAGUCGUAACUUUUCUCUCUGCUCUCUCUCCAAAUUUUCUCUCUUCACAGAUCCUUCCAUAUCCCACAUCCUUGGAUUCCUUCGCAAAUGAUGAGCCGUGGUGUUAUUACCUGCCGAGUCGCCGUCGCGGCCGGUUCACGUUUCUUCUCCACCACUGGUACAACCGCUCGUGCUCUGGCCAGCAAGGCGGUGGUGAGUAAUGCAGCCAUGGGUUUUUAGUGAUCAGAUUGGGGCUAGUAGAGCUAAUCUCGGCUACUGGCUUAGGGUUCCAUUGGUCCGCAGCGGAAGUGUCCGGAAUUCGAGCACUAUAUCAGUGGAACAGAAAGAGAAGCAGUAUGUGUCAGCGGCUGCUUCAAGCGAAAGCAGUGUGGUUGGCGACAAUGACGGGAAGGGGGUGGUGAGCUUGGGUAUUGAACCGGCGAAGAUCACGAAAGCGGAUGGUACAGAAUGGAGGUGGAAUUCCUUUAGGCCGUGGGAGACGUACCGAGCGAACGUGUCAAUUGAUCUGAAGAAGCACCAUACGCCGGCGACAUAUUUGGACAAGAUGGCUUAUUGGACUGUAAAGGUUCUCCGAUGGCCCACUGAUAUAUUCUUCCAGGUUGUGUAUAAAUUUGGAUCCAGUAAUUCCGGAUGAUUGGAAAGUUAAAUUCUUCUUCUUCAAUUAAUCCAGAGAGAAUUGGUC